AUGAUGUCAUCAUAUUUAGUUACGAUUCCAAAAGCUGAACUUAAGUUAAAAACGAUAAAAGAUUUUAUUACCGGUAUAUUUAUUGAUAAUUCUGGUUCAACAUCUUAUCAAUUGGCAUCUGUAGGAAAAGAUGUUUUACAAGCUGAAUUAAGUAUUUGUCAAGCUACUCAAUUUGAUUAUGUUGUUCUGUGGAAUACAUCAGCUAAAUUAUGUACAAAUAUUGAAACAGCAACACCAGCCGGUGGUACAAACCCAACAUGUAUAUUUCAAAAUGAAUCAACGAAAAACGCAUUCAAUAAAUCUGAUGUUAUUGUUUUUGUUACCGAUGGAGAAAUCGGUAAUAGUAGUGUAACACAGUUUGCAACAUAUACAAAAGAGAAUUUAAACAAAGCAUUAGUUAUUUGUAUAAUUGUUCAUAACAGAUUAUCAACACCAUCGGGAAUCAAUGUUUCAGUUGUUGCACCAUUAAUGAUGGCAUCAAAUGUUUUAUGUCUUUUCUAUGAUGGUAAAAUAUUUUAUAUUCUUUCAUCAAAAGGUUAUAUUAGUCAAUUUUAUAAAUCAUCUAAUGAUUUAACUGAUUAUGAAAAGUUAAAUAAAUUAAAUAUAAAUGAAUUAUUUAAUGAAAUAAAAAUUUAUGAAGAUGCAAAAAUUCCUGAUGGGUGUAUUCCAAUACGUGAUAAUACACAAGAGCUUAUUGCAAUUGAUUACAAUAAAUUUUUAAAUAUAAAAGAUAUAAAUUUAGUAUUAAAUUUAAAUGAAAGUGAUUGGAAAACAUUAAUUCAAUUUGCAAAAAUUAGUAAUAAAUUACAUGAAUUACGAGUAUUUGUUUCUCAUAUGAAAAAUAAAUCAAUACAAAUUGAGAAAGAAAAAUUAAAAUCGAAUUAUGAUUUGAAAUAUUUAAAACAACGUGAUGAAAUUGUUUCUCAUAUUGUUAAAUUAAAAUUACAUGAAAAUGAAAAUGAAAAUUCAUUUGAAUUGAAUCAGCUUCGUCAACAACUUCAUGAAAUAUCAGAUAAAGCUAAAAUUGAAGAAGUUGAAUAUCUUAAUUAUACAAAUACAAAUCUUAAUCAGAUUCGUCAAUAUUGGAAUAAUAUACAAAAUUUAAUUCAUGAACAAGAAACAGGUUCUUAUUCAAUUAAUGAUUUUACAUUUUCUUCAAAUCGUGCUAAUCGAGCAAAAGUAUUAACAACAAAUGAUGAUGAAUAUUCUGAUACAAUUGAUAUUUUAGAUCAUACAAAUGUUCCAUUAUUAAAAUGUGCUAUUUGUAUGGAACAAGGACCAUUUGUUCUUUGGUUAAAACUACCAAUCGAUUUCGAAGAUACAACGAAUGACUUUAUCAUUAAUUUUUCAUUAGAAGGAAAUAAAAACUUAAUCAAUUGUAUCGUUUCAAAUCCAGUUUGUGGUUAUUGUGCUAAAUCUUAUAUCAAUGCAACACUAAACAAUUCAAAUCAAUUAAUAACUCUUUAUCGAGCACCAUGUGCUGGUUUCAUUCCAUUAAAUCGGNUUAAUUGCCACAUAUCUUCACCUGAACGAUCUUGGUAA